ACUGAACACGUGACACUGCUGCUGGAGCGGAAGUGUGUGAGACUGAGCGUGUAUAUUUGUUUACAGCCGCAAAAUCUCCGUUUUCACCUCGCCAGCACUGACUUGUGUGACUGAAAAACUUCACUUUUCGGCUCAAUGCCUAAAACGGACAGCGAGCAAUGCAUCUGUAGCUAGUCCCUGUGUUUACUCGUUAGCUAGCUGGCAGAGAAGCUAACAUGAGGUUACACAAGACAGGGUGACCUCUCACAUCAUGUCUCUGCAAAAAUAAGGGACCAGAUAAUGAUGCAGAAUGACCAAAGACAAGUUGCAAUAUGGCACUGACUGAAGUGUACUGGGAUCAUCAUAUACCACUGCCAAAGCUUGCUCCAAUCCAAGCCAAGGUUACUGUCGCCCUGGUGGCACUCCUGUGCUUCAUUAACAGCUAUGACGGGGAGUUUGUGUUUGAUGAUUCUGAAGCAAUUGUCAACAAUAAGGAUUUGAGACCAACAACACCCCUGAACAACAUCUGGAGCAAUGACUUCUGGGGAAGCAACCUGAGUAGCAACUCUAGUCACAAAUCCUACCGACCUCUCACUGUCCUUACAUUUAGGCUCAACUACCUCGUGGCAGGAGGCUUGCACCCUGUUGGCUUCCACGUGCUGAACAUCGUCCUCCAUGCUGUCAUAUCUGCCCUUAUGAUCGACGUGUUUGCUAUACUGAUUGGUGGACUGGCCUAUGAUGAGAAGGGUAGAAUACUGAACCAUGCUCCCAAGACCUCUCUGCUUGCUGCCGUCUUCUUUGCAGCACACCCAAUUCACACUGAGAGUGUGGCUGGCAUUGUGGGUCGAGCGGACCUUUUAUGCGCUCUGUUCUUCCAGCUGUCGUUCCUCACCUACUGCAAAGCUUUUAACAAAGGGAGUGACAGAGAUGACAGGUUUUCUGUCCAGUGGGUUGUGGUCAGCCUCUUGCUGUGUGCUGCAGCAAUGCUUUGUAAAGAACAAGGCAUCACCGUCUUGGGUGUGAAUGCAGCCUUUGAUGUCCUCCUGAUCUGUAAUGUUAAUGUGUAUGAACUCAGCCAGAGGCUACUCCUUAGGAAGAAUCCACUUGAUGUAAGUGAGAUAUUCCGAAUGGGGUUGCUGACACGAUUGGCCCUCAUGGGUCUUGGAGGACUCUUAAUGCUCUAUGCACGCUGGAGGAUAAUGGGAACAGGACCACCAGCAUUCACUGAAGUAGACAACCCAGCCUCUUUUGCAGAAAGUGUAUUUCUUAGAAUAGUGAACUAUAAUUACUACUACUCUCUUAAUGCCUGGCUGCUGCUGUGUCCCUGGUGGCUGUGUUUUGAUUGGUCCAUGGGCUGUGUGCCUCUCAUUAAGUCAGCCACUGAUUGGAGGAUGGUGUGGCUGCUGCUGCUCUGGUGCAUCCUGAUAGGCUUGAUAAGCCAAGCCUUAUGCUCGCAGGACAGCCAGAGAAGGAGGACGCUGACCUUGGGCCUGGUGCUGCUGGUGGUCCCUUUCCUGCCUGCUUGCAACGUUUUUUUCAGAGUGGGCUUUGUGAUUGCGGAGCGAGUGCUCUACCUGUCUUCGGCCGGCUUCUGUCUACUGCUGGCUUACUCUCUGGGACACUGCUUUUGCCGCUGGCCCAAACACAGGAGGUUGCUGUGUGUCAUGGUGCUUGCGCUGUUGUGUGUGUAUGUUGUCCGCUGUGCUCUCCGCAGUCAUCAGUGGCGGUCAGAACAAAGUCUCUUCUCCAGCGCCCUGUCUGUUUGUCCGCUCAAUGCCAAGGUGCAUUAUAAUGUGGGAAAGAACCUGGCUGACAAAGGGAACACUUCUGCUGCCGUCAGUUUUUACAGAGAGGCAGUCAGGUUACAUCCUACCUACGUCCAUGCAAUGAACAACCUGGGGAAUAUCCUGAAGGAGAAGAACGAACUCGUAGAGGCAGAGCAGCUGUUGUCUAAAGCUGUUUCUAUUCAGCCUGACUUUGCUGCAGCUUGGAUGAAUCUGGGGAUAGUUCAGAACAGCCUUCAGAAGUUUGAGAAAGCGGAACAAAGCUACUGGAACGCCAUCCGCUUCCGGAGAAAAUACCCGGACUGUUACUACAACCUGGGACGCUUGUAUGCUGACCAGAACAGACACAUUGAUGCCCUGAAUGCUUGGAGGAAUGCAACUGUGCUAAAACCUGACCACAGUCUGGCUUGGAACAACAUGGUCAUUCUGCUUGACAACACCGGUAACUUGGGUCAAGCAGAGCUGAUCGGCCGAGAGGCUCUGAGACUCCUCCCCAACGACCACACUAUCAUGUUUUCAUUGGCCAACGUCCUGGGGAAAUUACAGAAAUACAAGGAGUCAGAGGGCUUCUUUCUUCACGCCCUUCGGAUCAACCCAAAUGCUGCUAGUUGCCAUGGCAAUUUAGCUGUGUUGUAUCAUCGAUGGGGGAAGCUGGAGCUGGCAAAGAAACACUAUGAGCUGUCUCUAAAGAUGGACCCCGAGGCUCCUGGGACCAGAGACAACUACAACAUGCUGCGACGCAAACUGGACCAGCUUAAACGCAGCGCACCCUGAGGGAGCCCACUGGGCCCCCUGCCUACUGUAAAACACAUUUUUCCAUUGUUCCUUUUGGUAUUAUUUUAUCUCGCUAAUUCUGGCUUUGAAACAUUUGGAAAUAAAGACCACGAUCUCUGUA